UCAGUUAAACAAUACAGCUUCACGUUUACCAAAUACAACUGCAAUAACGAUGGAGAUCGGGGCGGAGAUCAGCAAGAAAAUACGGGCUGCUAUCAAAGGAAAGCUGCAGGAGCUCGGUGCAUAUGUGGAUGAGGAGUUGCCAGAUUACAUUAUGGUGAUGGUGGCCAAUAAGAAGAGUACCCAGCAGAUGGCUGAUGACCUGUCCCUGUUUCUAGGCAACAACACCAUCAAGUUCACUGUGUGGUUACAUGGUGUGUUGGAGAAACUCAGAUCUGUUGCAGUCGAGCCGGCCUCCCUCAGGCCUCAGCACGUCUAUACAGACCCCAGUGCCUCACUGCCGGACGAGAGGAGAGGGGAGGAGCUGAGAGCCUUGGCCGUGUCCAGCUCGCGCUCUGAUAGGAUAGAGGGGCGGGUCUCGCGCUCUGAUAGGAUAGAGGGACGGGUCUCUAGCUCCGCUCGCGAGGAUCGUGGCAGGAGGAACUCCUCAGACAAGGUGCUGUCUCGUUUGACAUCUGCUGUGAGGCCACUGAUGGAGGCGGGGUCGACAGAGGCCGUCAUCGAUAUCAAACCCGAGGUGGAUGAUGACCUCAUCGGUGAUGACCCCACAGAGCAGGGCGUGACCUCACGGGGACCGUCGGGUCGUCCCAUAGUAGAGGUCAGGAGGUCGCGUCUAGUCUCUGGGUCAUCCAUGCGCAGCUCAGGUCACACUGCAGACAGUCACAGGUCGGCAGAGGUUACCCGAGGUCAGGAAAGGUCGAGGACCUCUUAUGGCCACAGCUACAGGAGCUCUGGUGAUGGAAACAGCAGGGAGGAGUUGUCAAGGAAACGUAAAGCUCCCGUGGCCAGCUCUGUGGUCCGAGUUCACAGAGCCUCAGACAGAGGGCAGGACAGCGAAGACGUGGAGGAGGAGGAUGAAGAUGACGAUGAAGACUACAGCAUACCCAGCAGAGUGUCCCUUCCAUCUAAACCUGAGCGCAAGCCGUCUUUACCUCCAGCCAAACAGGCCAAUAAGAACCUGAUCCUCAAAGCCAUCUCAGAGGCACAGGAGUCUAUCACCAAAACCACCGCCUACACGACAGUGCCUCAGAGACAGACUGUGCCUGUUGCUCCGCGGACUCGUUCAGGCAGUGAUGAGACAAACAGUGAUUCACGCCUCGUACAGGAACACCUGAACACACACACACUCGCACAGCCUGCCCAAUCCAGGUCUCUGGCAUCCAGGCUCCAGCUGGAUUUGCCAGAUACAGACACCAGGGGGCAGCAGACUGACUAUGAGUUUCAGUUGUUUGAAGAUGCACGGCUGAAAGCUGCAGACACUCGCUCGUUCAUCUUAAGAAAGCCUGAGGUGGAACCAGUGGCACCCGUCCGAAGCAGACUGGGAACAGGCGGUCAGGAGGAAGUCCCACCCUCUGCACCUCGCAUGGUUCAGGCGAGGGAGCGAGAAGAGAUCAGUCCUAAGUUCAUUGUGACUCUGGAGGGUGUGCCCAGCCCACUGGCCAGUCGCAGUGAGAUGGAUCUGGACACAGACGAUGGAGCGGUCAGGGGGGAAGAGGCGGAGCUGAAAGCCCUCCACACACACCAAGGCCUCCUCACACAUACGCUCACACGCUGCGCAGAUGCAGACGAAGAGAUGGAUGUGGAGGAGGACAUGGAGGUGGAUAGUGACAUCCAGGCCAAACGACAGAAACUUCUGGAACGUUGUAAAUUCUGGCCGGCGUGUAAGAGUGGAGAUGAAUGCAUGUACCACCACCCUACCACCCAGUGCAAAACGUUCCCCAACUGUAAGUUUGGAGAGAAGUGUUUGUUCAUCCACCCUAACUGUAAAUAUGACGCAAAGUGUUCCAAAGACAACUGCCCCUUCACACAUGUCAGCAAGAGGACAACAGCGCACCCACACAAACCAGUGCCCGCUCAAUCUAACAGCGUCUGCCGUUUCUUCCCUGACUGUAAGAAGAUGGACUGUCCUUUCUACCACCCCAAACCAUGCAGGUUUGCAGCUCAGUGUAAACGCCCUGGUUGCUCCUUUUACCACCCAGCAGCAAGUGUUCCACCCAGACACGCCCUAAAGUGGACCAAAACACAGAGCAGUUAAUCCAGGAGAACCAUCAGCUCGGCAGCUGGGCUCUAAGAAGAUUUCAUUUUGUCAUUGUUACUGUAGAUUCUC